AUGCUGCCACAAAUAGUCCUUUUGCUGCUAAUGUCCUUGAACUUGGUUUAUGGAGGGUUUUAUGCUGAGCGAUACCAAACACCCACAGGCAUAAAAGGCCCACCACCCAACACCAAGACACAGUUCUUCAUUCCCUACACCAUAAAGAGUAAAGGUAUACCAGUAAGAGGUGAGCAAGGUAUUCCUGGGCCACCAGGCCCCGCUGGACCUCGAGGACACCCAGGACCUUCUGGACCACCAGGAAAACCAGGCUAUGGAAGUCCUGGACUCCAAGGAGAGCCAGGGUUGCCAGGACCACCGGGACCAUCGACCACUGGCAAGCCAGGUUUACCAGGACUCCCAGGAAAACCAGGGGAGAGAGGACCAUAUGGACCAAAAGGAGAAAUUGGACCAGCUGGUUUACCAGGACCCCGGGGCCCACCAGGGCCACCUGGAAUCCCUGGCCCGGCUGGAAUUUCUGUGUCAGGAAAACCUGGACAACAGGGACCUCCAGGAGCCCCAGGGCCCAGGGGUUUUCCUGGAGAAAAGGGCGCACCAGGAGUCCCUGGUGUGAAUGGACAGAAAGGGGAAAUGGGAUAUGGUGCUCCUGGCCGCCAAGGUGAGAGGGGCCUUCCAGGCCCUCUGGGUCCCAUGGGACCAACUGGUCCUCCCGGAGUGGGAAAAAGAGGUGAAAAUGGAUUUCCAGGACAGCCAGGAAUCAAAGGUGAUCGGGGUUUUCCUGGAGAGAGGGGACCAACUGGCCCACCAGGUCCCCAAGGUCCUCCUGGAGAACAAGGACCAGAAGGCAUUGGAAAGCCAGGAACCACUGGAGCCCCAGGCCAGCCAGGGAUUCCAGGGAUAAAAGGUCAUCCUGGGGCCCCGGGAAUAGCUGGGCUCCCAGGGGCUCCUGGUUUUGGGAAACCUGGCUUGCCAGGGCUGAAGGGACAAAGAGGACCUGCCGGCCUUCCAGGUGGUCCAGGAGCCAAAGGAGAACAAGGGCCAGUGGGUCAUCCUGGGGAGCCAGGUCUGACUGGACCCCCUGGAAAUAUGGGACCCCAAGGACCAAAAGGCACCCCAGGCAAUGAUGGUAUCCCAGGCCCUAAAGGUGAGGCAGGGCCAGUUGGGCCUGCAGGAUACCCUGGUGCUAAGGGAGAAAGGGGUUCCCCUGGAUUAGAUGGAAAACCAGGGUACCCAGGAGAACCAGGUCUCAAUGGUCCUAAGGGUAACCCAGGGUUACCAGGCCCCAAAGGUGACCCUGGAGUUAGAGGAUCUCCUGGUCUCCUAGGCCCUGUGGGCCCAGCAGGAGCUAAGGGAGUGCCUGGACAUAAUGGUGAGGCUGGUCCAAGAGGUGCCCCUGGAAUACCAGGCGUCAGAGGCCCCAUUGGACCACCAGGCAUUCCAGGAUUCCCUGGAUCUAAAGGGGAUCCAGGGAAUCCAGGCCCUCCUGGCCCAGCUGGCAUAGCAACUAAGGGCCUGAAUGGACCCACUGGGCCACCAGGGCUUCCAGGUCCAAGAGGCCACGCUGGUAAGCCUGGCCUCCCAGGACCCCCAGGGCCACCAGGUCCACCAGGCCAAGCAUUCAUGCCCGAAGGCUUUAUAAAGGCAGGCCAAAGGCCCAGUCUUUCUGGGAUGCCUCUUGUUAGUGCCAACCAGGGAGUAACAGGAAUGCCUGUGUCUGCUUUUACUGUUAUUCUCUCCAAAGCUUACCCAGCAAUAGGUGCUCCCAUCCCAUUUGAUAAGAUUUUGUAUAACAGGCAACAGCAUUAUGACCCAAGAACUGGAAUCUUUACAUGUAGGGUACCAGGAAUAUACUAUUUCUCCUACCACGUGCAUGUGAAAGGGACUCAUGCAUGGGUAGGCCUAUAUAAGAACGGCACCCCAGUGAUGUACACCUAUGAUGAAUACAUCAAAGGCUACUUGGAUCAGGCUUCAGGGAGCGCCGUCAUUGAUCUCACAGAAAAUGACCAGGUGUGGCUCCAGCUGCCCAAUGGCGAGUCGAAUGGCCUGUACUCUUCUGAGUACGUCCACUCCUCUUUCUCAGGAUUCUUGGUGGCUCCAAUGUGA